AUGCCCCUCCAGGAAUCUACAGACCCCGCAGCGCCCUCGUGGGCGCACACCGUGACCGCUGACUUUUUGAUCUUCUACUCCUCGCGUGACGGAAAUGGCCGUCUCUGGUGCCCGGACUGCGUCUCCGUCGAGAAUCUCGUCCAGAACACCUUCGGGCCCGCCGAGGGCCCAUCGGGCGCGAUUGUUUACGUUGGCCAGCGCCCGGAUUGGAAGACGCCCUCAAACGCGUUCAGAGCCGGGCCGUGGAAUGUCAGUUCAAUUCCUACUGUCAUCCGGACCAGGGACGGUGCCCGGCUCGUGGAAGGUGAGAUCACCGAGCGGCUUUCCUCGUUCGUGAGCGAGUAA